CUGAUCCUGUUCCCUCUCCUCUUCUCCAUAUCUCCCUCGAUCUCCAUUCUCUUCCCUCAAACCCCCACCGGUCCCCCCCACCCUCUCUCUCUCUCCAGAAAUCAUACACAACAGUCUUGGUCCGAUUCACAACUCUCUCAAUCAAUCAAUCCAAGCAAGCCCCACUCAAAAAAGGCAUUUUACUAUGCUUCAAUACCAUCGAAUUUGAAAGGAAAAAAAAGAAAAGAAGAACCUUGUUUUAGGGUUUUUUGGGAUUGAAUAAUUGUGUUGUUGUUGUUAUUUGUUUGUGUUGAUGGGGAAUAAGUUGGGGAGGAGGAGGCAAGUGGUGGACGAGAAGUAUACGAGGCCACAGGGACUGUAUCAACACAGAGAUGUGGAUCAUAAGAAGCUUAGGAAGCUCAUACUUGACUCUAAGCUCGCUCCGUGCUAUCCCGGAGACGAAGAAUGUGGAUUUGAUCUCGAAGAAUGCCCAAUUUGCUUUUUGUAUUAUCCAAGUCUCAAUCGCUCAAGAUGUUGCACGAAAGGCAUUUGUACAGAGUGUUUUCUGCAGAUGAAGACCCCGAAUUCGACUCGACCUACUCAGUGUCCAUUCUGUAAAACCUUGAACUAUGCGGUGGAGUAUCGUGGGGUGAAAACAAAGGAGGAAAAGGGGAUCGAGCAAAUUGAAGAACAAAGGGUUAUAGAAGCAAAAAUUAGGAUGCGGCAACAGGAACUUCAGGAUGAAGAACUGAAAAUGCUGACAAGGCAAGAAAUAAGUUCUUCAAGCAGAUCAAUGUUACCAGGAGAGGUUGGAUAUAGCACAGGGGAAGUGGACGAGGAAAUUGUUUCUUCUCAAGAACCACUAAGACAAUCUCUACGGCCUAGGCAGAACAGGGAUGAUGAAUUUGACCUGGACCUUGAGGACGUAAUGAUUAUGGAAGCCAUCUGGUUGUCGAUCCAGGAGAGUGGCAGACACAGAAAUUCAACCUACGGUGAUUCCAUUCCAUCUGAACAGCACAUGACAGAAGACCAGUGUGAGACAGCCAUGCCCCAACUGGCCGAAUCGUCUUCAUCCCCAUCUGGUGGUCUUGCUUGUGCAAUCGCUGCUUUAGCUGAGCGUCAACAAACGAGCGGUGAAUCCUCUGGGAACUAUGAUGCAAAUAUGUCGACAUUCAACGCGCUUCCCAGUUAUAGCCAGUUUUCAAAUAGGGGGGAGCAAGAGACGGAGUGUUAUCAUCCUGAUAGCCAACCGGCAAUAACUAGGUAUGAGGGAGAAUGGGGGGUAGAUCAUGGGUCUGAGGUGGCUGAAGUGGGGACCAGUAGUGGGAGAUCUGAUACGGCUGAAGAUGGUGGUAGAAUUGCUGCAUUCCCGCCUCAACAUGAAAUUGAGGGUGGAUUCCAGACUGUAGGAGGACCACCUAUUAUUCCGGAGAGUUUUGAGGAGCAGAUGAUGCUGGCCAUGGCUGUCUCAUUGGCUGAGGCUCGAGCCAGGACGAGUGCACCAGGCCUUGCGUGGCAGUAGCAUUAAGGUGAAGGCACUAACGAUUCUCUGUGCCUUUCUCUAUCUCUUUUUCCGUAUAAAGAUGUAAAAAAAGACAUGAAAUGAUUUUUAUUGAAUGGAAGGCUCUCUGUUUACGCCAUUUGAAUUGAUUCAAAUUCAAUUUGACAAAUGGUAUUUGCAGCGUUCCCGUCCCAUUCAUUUCGGUUAUGGAAAUGAAAUCAUUUGUCUACGUUCAAUGACGAACUGCCA